GGUAACCCGGUAACCUCGAGCUUCCUAGAGCUCCCCUGGGGGAUGCGCUUCAGGCUCCGGGCGUGACCGGAAGUUGGGGAACGUCAGGGUGGAGCCCCCAGUCUUCGUGGGGCGAGGAAAUCGGAGGAGAGCCUCCAAAAGCGGGAGAAAGGGACUCUAGAGUGGGACCCGGUGAUUUUCGGGGCCUUUUCCGGAGUUUCCGGGACCCGCUGAGGAAGUACGGCUUUCUGGGAGGGAACUAGAAGAAGGAGACGCCAGAGAAGGAGGGUGGAAAGAGGGUUUUGCUAAGGUUGGAUUUUCGAAAACACGGAUUUCCAAGGACCGAAUUCAUGAGACCCGGACAAGUCGAUUCAACGAAGAGAGGAGGCCUGGAAUUCUUACGGGAGGACAUGCACGAUCGGACUCUCGAGUCUCGGAAAUUUUAAGGGGGUUUGAGAAAGGACUUUUGGAAGUAUUCAUGCAAGGGACGAGAGAGUAUUAGCCGGCCAAUCAAUUGGAGAACUUCGAGUCGAAGGAUCCGUGGUACCUGCAACUUCGAGCACCGGUUUUAUCCCAUCGUCGUGGAACGAGAUACUCCGAGACAGGUUUCGAAAAGCUUCGGCAAAAUUCCCAAUCGAUGAGGGCCGGCUUCAAUUGGGAGGAAGUUCACGAUUUUCGAACCCAUCGGGCAAGGAAGUCGGCGAGGAGAGGCCGGGGGCCGAAAAGGGCAGGCCCUCUCGGAAAGACUUCAAGGGGCCGAAAAUCGAAUUCGACUUUUCACCGGAUAAAGUCAAGACCCCCAGCCUGAGGGAAGUCGUCGAAUGGAGCUGGAAUUGAUCAUGGAUCCCGGGACAGGGAUGAACGGAAACAUGUGGCUCGAUAAUCCACCCCCGGCACCCUAUCAGCAACUCUCACCCAACAAUCAACAUGGCUGCUCCUCGAUCAACGCUCAACAGGCGUCUCUCGGGUAUUCCGGCGAGGGUAACGUCCUGUGGCAAGAUAAGGGUAACUCGCCUAAUCAGAGCACGAAUCCUGGACAACAACAAAUUCGCUCUAAUAGCGGCUCGCCACAGUGCGCUUCCUCUUCUCCGGAUCAUGGAACUUCCGGUCAGCAAUCCCAGAACGCGCUCAAGAGGAGAGCAGGAGAUCCCCUGCAGCAGGUUGCUGAUCAGGACCGGAAACACAUCAGAAGAGACGGGUCCAUCGGAAGCAGUGGUUCCGGUCAAGCGUGGUCAACGCAGGUGGAGGAACUGGCAGAACACUUGGCAGCUGAUUUUGAUGGAUCCCUGUCAGCCUUGGCAGCUUCCGAUCUCGCGACCGCGGUGGCAUCCUAUAAUAUGAGCGAAGCUUUACUGGCCUUGCCAUCCUUGACCGUCUUCAAGCAGGAAGCACCAUCCCCUGAAAAUCAUCACAACAAUCCCAGUGUGAACCACGUCUCGCAGAGAUCCAUCAACGCUCCUCUUACCAGCAAUGGGAAUUGCGGACCAGUCGAAGCCGACAGCAACAACAAUGGGCAAACAGCUACCAGUUUGCAUCAAUUGUUGUAUCCCUCGGACGAGGAGUACCCACCAAAACCAUCUUCUGGGAACCAAGUCACCUCUUCUCAACAGGGAAACGAAUUUAACGAGGAUUGCCGCUUUCAGUACGUCUUGGCCGCAGCAACCAGCAUCGCGACGAAGGUUAACGAGGAGACCUUGACCUAUCUCAAUCAAGGCCAGUCUUAUGAGAUCAAGCUUAAAAAGCUGGGCGAUCUCUCGGCGUAUCGAGGGAAGAUCUUAAAGGGCCAUCCGACAUUUUUAUUCCAGUCGACGAUCCGGAUCUGCUUCCACGAGAGACGGCUGCAGUACACCGAGAGAGAGCAAAUGCUCGCCUGGCAAAGAGCGAGACCCGGGGAACGUCUUCUAGAGGUCGACGUACCCCUCAGUUACGGAAUGGUGGACGUUUGUCAGCCUUCCCCCUCGAACAACUCCGUCGAGUUCAUGUGGGAUCCCACCAAGGAGGUCGGGGUCUACGUCAAGGUGAAUUGCAUAAGCACAGAAUUCACGCCGAAGAAGCACGGCGGCGAGAAGGGAGUUCCCUUUCGCAUCCAGGUGGAAACCAGGUUACCUGGGGGGCCCAGACUGCACGGGGCCUCCUGCCAGGUUAAGGUCUUCAAGCUGAAGGGGGCCGAUCGGAAGCACAAGCAGGAUCGGGACAAAAUACUCAGACGUCCUCCUCACGAGCAGGACAAGUACCAGCCCAGCUACGACUGCACGGUUCUGUCCGACAUUCCACUGGACUCGUUGUCACCGCCAAGCCCGAUCGCGCAGAAUGGCGGAAGCCCCUUCGUUCCGACCGACGCCAUAUCUCCGCAGAGCAGGGUGGCCAUUGGAGGCAGCCCCUCGCCAGUGGCAGGACCUCUCGCCCUCUCCGUCAAUGCAUCCAGCAUCCUGCCGAUGGUCUCCGCUUCGGAUGCCGCCAAAGAGGACAUCAGCGUCGCCCCUGCCCUACCCUCGCCUGCUGCGAUCCUCCCCGAUCAACCCUGCGCCGAUAUCAAUAUCGCGUCGGGGUUGGCCGAGCUGCCUGCGGAGGCGAAUGCAUCCGAGACGAGCGCAUGGCUGCGAGCAGGCCGCUUCCAUGCUUUCGAGUCGACCUUCUCGAGCUUCUCCGCCUCGGACAUCCUGCGCCUGUCGAGGGACGAUUUGAUCCAGAUCUGUGGCCUCGCCGACGGGAUUCGGCUCUUCAAUGCCCUGCACUCGAAGGCCCCCACGCCUAAACUCACCCUGUACUUCUCCGUGGAGGGCAGUGGCUCCCUCUGGAGAGUGGUCUACCUAGAGACCCUGACGAGUGGCGCCCUCUCCGGCAAGCUGCUGGCCACUCUGAACCUACCCCCUGACCAGCUGCACUCGCUGCUGCUCCUGGGACCCCAGGGCAUCCACGUCAUCGUCAGCAACGAUCUGGUCGCCAAUAUGAAGGACGAGAGCAUGUACUUUGUCGAAACCAUCAGAGACCCGGUGAGCGACCAAUACAAGCUGCUUCUGAAGCCGUCGACUCGUUGAUGCACACGUUACAAGGAAGAAGAACGUCGAACCUUUGUGGAAUAGUUUACUCUUGUUGUUAUUGAUUAUUUCGUAUCGUUAUUCACUGUAAAAAGUUGGUCAUUUGGUCCCUCGGUCAUUCGCAGUUGGCUUUUGAGGAUAAUUUAGUCGCGGGCCGAGUUGGCUAUGAGUAUGACUUCUUGUGUCGGGAAUGAAGCUUAGAGUUUCAUCACACAUUUGUAAUAUGAGACAUACUCGGUCAUUCAUUAGUGUCGCUCCUUAAAAAGCGGGAAACGCAGUCAGUCAUAGGCUAAACUAGCUACGACUCUAUGUCAGAAACGAGCCAUAGAAUUUCAUAAUUGAUUUGCAAUAAGGCAAACCCGGUCGUUUGUUAUUCUCUUUUCUCGAGGAAAAAGCAGAAAAUGCAGGAAUGGGUCGAGCUAACCACGCAAAAUGACCCUUUAUGUCGGAUACAAAUAGUACAAUUUCAUUGUUCAUCUCCUGUAAGGCAAUUCCGAUCGUUUGUUACUGCCUUUUGUAACAAAAAAAAAAUAAGGCAAAACCUGUAGUAAUGGACCGAACUGCCAUGUUGAUUGGGCCUUUGUGCUGCGAACGAAGAGUAGAAUUUCAUAAUUCAUCUCCUGUCAGGCGUUCGUCGUUGUUUAAAAAGAAAAAGACGGAGAAUACAGGAAUAGGCCGGGCUAACGAAGCUAAAUGAACCUUUGUGUUGUGAAUUAAGCAUGAGAUUUAAUAAUUCAUUUUCAAUGAGACAAGCCUUGUCGUUUGUCUACUUGGUAAAUAAGUUUAUCGAGAAAGUAAACGGGCAAUGGAAACGCAGCUCGUCGUUGCGGUCGACGUUCGUCAAUUUAUCAAUUUACCAAUUAAUCAACUUAUCGAUCCGCCAAUUUGUCAAACAAAGGCUGUGAGAAACGGCCAACUGACGUCGGUGGGGCUGUCCGCUCAGGAUUUCACAAACAUUUCAAUUAAGGAGAUAUGAAAGUGGCAUCCGAAGAGUCAAUCGUUCAUGAAACUUUUCUCCUAACUGGGUGUGUUGAAUCCGUUCAAACUUUACAAAGUUAAUCU